AUGGUUAAGAAGCUCGCCCUCGCCUCCCUCUUCUUCACCAGCGGCAGUGUGGACGCCACCGCUGGGAGCCUGUCGUCUCCUCCGUCCAUAUCAGCAGCGUCCUCCGGCAGCAUGGCCGCCUCGUGGCAAUGGCCCUCCUGCGCGCAGGCCAGGACGACGUCCUUCGACGGCCGCAGCAGCGUGGAGGCGGAGGCUUCGUCCUCUUCGGCUCGCCGGGACUGCUGCAGGACGACUCGCGUGAUCACGAACCCGGCCUACUGCGACAGCGACGACGACACGGCCAACAGCUCUUUCCUCUCCGCCACGGUCUCGUCCUCGGCUUCCACCGCGGCGCUAGAGCCGGAGCCCUCGCGGGCGCGCGAGGCCGAGGAGGCGGUCAUCCGCGAGAUCCGAGCGUCGAGCCGGCUCUUCUUCGAGCCCGAGGCGACGAAAUCCAUCGUGACGACGAGCAAGCCGGACGCGGAUCAGGCGGCGUUCGGUGGGGCGACGGCGCUGGCCAUCGACUCCGCGGACCCGUACGGCGACUUCCGGUGGUCCAUGGAGGAGAUGGUGCUGAGCCGCAGCGGCGGCAGCUGCGAGGACGACUGGGGGUGGCUGGAGGAGAUGCUGGGGUGGUACCUCCGCGCCAACGGCAAGAAGACCCACGGCCUCAUCGUCGGCGCCUUCGUCGACCUGCUCGUCGGCCUCUCCGCCGUCAACUAUAAGCAGAGCGGCCAGUGCUAG